GUCGAUCCAUUAGUUGCUGCGACGGCGCAGCAGAUCGCGGACGUCAUAAACGACUUCAAGCGCAAGCUCGACCAGCGUGAUGGCACCUGGGCGAGUGCGCAGGGCACAGUGGAGUUUGCCCUGCAUUCCCAGACUUUCGUGCUCGCCAUUGUACCGGACGAAGACGGCAAGGAAUACCCUAUUACUGUUCAGGCGACGCUCAAACCUCACCAAGGAACCAAUGGCAUUAUCAAUGCGCCUGUAUCACCAGCCUACAAGCUAACGAAACACGCUUCAGAUACCGAGCUCGAGAGAGACUUGGUGUCGCGGAAAAAAAGGAAGUUGGACGAGCAUGACAAUAUUCUAAACGAGCAACCGGCCAUCGAAGUUGACGAGGACAUCAAGCCGCUUAUCACCAAGGAAGAUAUCAAUGACCUCCUCGUGAAACUGCGAGAAGAUAUACAAGAAGACACGUCUGAAUGUGUCAACCAUGUCCAGCGCUUGUUGAGACGUGUCAAAGGAGAACGGCACGGGAUGAGCAAAUUGGACCAUCAACAAUCGCACAUACGGCAGACACGAGAGCCCUUUCGCGAUUCUGUAGGAGGGAACCACACGAUACCCGCGGCGUCUUUUCCAUCCCCUAGCGCCGACCGCGACGAACAAAAUGCUACAGUGCCUGACAUCAUCCGGCAUGAGACGAAGCUCAUAUCCACUCAGAUCAAGUGGGUCGAGGACUGCAGACGUGUAGCCAUGGACAUAAACGAUAAGCGAGAAGAAACAUGGCGGACUUCAUCGGCGGGCUUCCACGAUCGACAGCGACAAGAUCGCGAGAACUUCCAAAACAGAAUUCUUCACGAGUCGGGCAUGCAUACACAGACGCUGAAUUCCAUCUUGAACGAAGUCAAGGCGAUCGGGCUUUAUGCACAGAAUAUGAAAUGGGAGACACCGAAUAGUCACCUCGUGUAUCCUUCGCCUUCA